CCUCCUCUUCCCACAGCCGGUAGUUGCUGCUGCUUCUUCCCCCGCCCCCAAUUUAGCCCAGGCGUCGGCGAUGGAGGCCCUGGGAGGCCGCGGCCCGGGCAGCAGGGCUGGGCACGGCGCCCCGGCCGCGUUAUGAGAGAUGGGGAGACUGAGGCACAGAAGUGAAAUGAAUUGCCAAGGGACACAGAGACAUAGCGGUGAGACAAAAGAAUCUGGACCAGAGAGAGAUCAAUUCAACGCCAUGCAAUCAAAUUGCAGUCAUCUCCACAAUGCCCCAGGAAGUGGUGAUGUUCCCUCGUCCUCUCAGAGUGCCCAUAUAGCAGGGCUGCCAGGAGAAGGCUCUUGCCACCGUAGUGGAGAUGUUCACAUCCAGCUAAGCUCUGCCUUGGGAGAAGCAGGGGAAAACCACAGUUUCAGGCACAUACGGUCAGGUUCCCAGGGCCGUUCGCAUGGCCACUCCCACAGUGAAGCGAGGGGGCCCGAAGAUUCCACCUUAGAUUCAGAGGAACAGAGUGGAAGCUCCAUCUCUGAGCUCAGAUAUCUCUUCCAGUGGCUGCACAAAAGUCUUCCAUACAUCUUGAUUCUGUGUAUCAAACUGACCAUGCAGCAUAUAAUCGGCAUUUCUCUUGGAAUUGGGCUGCUAACAACUUUUAUGUAUGCAAACAAAAGCAUUGUAAAUCAGGUUUUUCUAAGAGAAAGGUGCUCCAAGUUUCAAUGUGCUUGGGUACUGAUAUUCCUAACCGGGUCAUCUCUCCUCUUGUAUUAUACCUUUCACUCUCAGUCACUUUAUUACAGCUUAAUCUUUUUAAAACCUACUGUGGAUUUUAUGAACUUCUGGGAGGUACUUUGGAUCGUGGGAAUCACAGACUUUAUUCUGAAAUUCCUCUUCAUGGGCUUCAAAUGCUUUAUUCUCUUGGUGCCUUCUUUUAUGAUGUCUUUUAAAUCCAAGGGCUACUGGUAUAUGCUGUUAGAAGAAUUCUGCCAGUAUUACCGUACAUUUGUCCCCAUACCAAUUUGGUUUCGUUAUCUUAUUGGCUAUAGGGAGCUGGACAAUGUACUGGGGCGGAGUCUUGGAGUAUUGCUGGGUCUACUCUAUUUCAUCCUAAAACUUUUGAGCCUUUUUGGACAUCUGAGAAACUUUAGACAGGUUUUGCGGAUAUUUUGUACACGACCACACUAUGGAGUGACAGCUAGCAAGAGACAGUGUUCUGAAGCAGAUGAUAUUUGUUCAAUAUGCCAAGCUGAAUUUCAAAAGCCUAUUCUUCUCAUCUGCCAGCACAUAUUUUGUGAAGAAUGCAUCUCUUUAUGGUUCAAUAGAGAGAAAACAUGUCCACUCUGCAGAACUGUUAUUUCAGACCAUGUUAACAAAUGGAAGGAUGGAGCCACUUCUAUGCAUCUACAGAUUUAUUAAAACAUGUCAUACUUUUA